AGUGCUGCGAAGACUGCGACCGCUUAUAAAUAUUUCUAUAGAUUUGUCUCCAUUUUAAUAAGUAACAAUUUAGAACCUAUUGCAAAACUUACACCCAUAAAUUUAUGACAAUUUUGACUACACCGGCUCGAUGUCUGGGCAACCGACUGCCGCGUAACGUGUAGCAGGUUUGAUUCCCGCACGGAGCAACUUGAACUUGUGAUCCACAAAUUGUUGUUUCUAGUCUAAGUGUCAUGUGUAUGUAAACUUGUAUGUUUGUAAACGCACCCACGACACAGGAGAAAAUCCUAGUGUGAGGCAAAGUUUAAAAAUAUCUCAAAUAUAAUUUACAUCAUCAAAAGUAAACACGAAUAUUAAUAAGCUAUAGCUAAAUAACUAAACUUUGCACGAUAAAUCCCUUCCCGCGGAGUAAUUGCAAAAUAUUAGGAGCGUUGGGCUCGAGUACGUCUCGCGACAGUCGGUGCAAGUGCUAACGAUGCGGUGGUUCGUGUUGUGCUGUCUUGCUGUCAGUGUUGUUGGACAAAAUGUCACUGAGAAAGAUGAACCGCCGGAGUCGAUAUUCGACUACCACUCAAUGCCUGCGCUGUCGGAGUUGGAUGACUUCGACCUUUGUCUGAGGAAGCCUGACGCAGUCUACUGCAUCGUAGACCUGGAACUUCUCGAAGACGAUACCCCAUUGUAUCAGUUUAUAAAGAACUUCUCCUCAUUAUCCUACAAGAACUAUCAGCACUCGAAGCUGCACCGAGGAGUGUGUGGGUCUCAGCAUUGUGGCCUGAACACCACGCAUGCAGACGCUGGCGAGUCCACGUCUGAAGCUUUGAAGAACUGCCUGAAUAGCAGCAUACAUCAGGGGUAUGGAUUGCAGGUGGAAAAUCUAUCAGUCCGGUACUGUAAGACUCAGGAUGAUUACGUACCACCCGAUGUCCUGGAUUACGUCAUCGGAGUUCUACUCCUAGCUCUCCUGUUGGUGAACCUGGGAUGUUCCGCUUAUUACUUCUUAUGGCCCGUGGAGAAGGAAAAAGCUAAUAAAUUCAUGCUGGCUUUCUGCGUCCAAACGAACUGGAAAGCUUUGAAACAUGGAGGCAGCGCUGAGGGUGGGAUCUUCAAAUGUUUCCAGGCGUUGAGAUUCUACACAAUGGUGAUGAUCUUAGGUCUGCACUCGAUGAUCUUCAUCGGCUACGGGUACACUGCUAACCCAGAGUUUAUUGAGAAUUCUUACGAUGAUUUCUUCAAAGCUCUCCUCUUCAACGCUCGAGUGAUAGUCCAGAUCUUCUUCGUGAUGGGAGGGUUUCUCAUGGCCUACAAGAUGCUGGUGUACGCUGAGUCUCAUCCAUUUACAUUGAAGACUGUUCCCAUGGCACUCGUGAAUAGAUGGUUGAGGUUAAUGCCAGCAGUACUAGUAGUGAUGGGUCUAGCCAUGACUUGGGUACCACAUAUGGGGUCUGGACCGAUGUGGGACGCUGUGGUGAAGAGAGAACGGGACAUGUGCCGCAUGAACUGGUGGCAGCUGGUCAUCCUGAGCCCUAACCUCUUCCCCUUCGAGCAUCUUUGUUUACCACAGGCUUGGUACCUCGGUACAGAUACCCAGCUGUUCCUGAUAACUCUGGUGGUCCUGCUCAUCAUCUGGAGAUGGCCCAGGAGUGGAGUACCAGUUCUCUCUUCCGUCAUGGUCAUCAGUUUGCUGAUACCUUUCCUGCAGAGUUACUUCAUGAACUUACUGCCUAUUAGAGUCAGCAUAUUCCCUGAAUCAAUAAGAGAUAUAUUCGGAUACAACGACACGUUCUACCAUGCCUAUGUGUCGGCGCAAGGCAACUGGGCUGGUUAUCACCUUGGAGUACUGACUGCUUACUUCUACCAUAAGGCUCAGCAGAAGAAAUGGGAUCUUAGAGGGUCUAUGCUCAUGAAGCUCCUCUUCCUAGCGUCAAUUCCCAUCGCGGGUGGUACUGUAUUAAUGGGUUGGGACCUCCACCACCGUGAGGCUUCAGCCUUCGAAGCAGCCGUAUUCAACGCUUUGAACCAGAACUUCUUCGCUCUAGCCAUCUGCGUGUUCAUCAUUGGUUACUUUUAUAAGUUGAAUAGGAUCUACGUAGGCUCCGUGGAGUGGGGUCCUCUACAGCCUCUAGGCAGAAUGUCCUACUGCGCCAUGUUGCUCCACGCCACGGUGCUGAGGACCUACGGAGGUCAGAUGAGGAGGUCCUUCUAUGCUACUGACUAUACUGCGAUAAUGCUGUACGCCGGUAUAGUAACAACAACGUAUCUCUUCGCUCUCCCUCUCUAUCUCUUCGUGGAAGCUCCAGCCUGUCAACUGCAGAAACUCCUUCUUGGCCCAAAAAGGAGACCAGAAAGAAAUGAGAAAGAAGAUUCGAACGCCAAUCACGUAAAACCUGGAAUUUCAAAUGUAUCUGUUAACACCGUAUCUACACAUAUUUAAAUUUGCAACAACCUGUACAUAUUUUUAAUCAUGCAAUCGAAUUUGAACUCUAUACUCAGUAAAGUAAGGUAAAUAAUGGUGUGAUUUUCCAUCUAGAAAAUUCUUAACAUUUUUGUGGUUUUUAAUCGUGCAUUCGAAUUUAAACUCUUUGCUCAUUAAGUUAGAAAUGAAAAAGGUGUGAAGGCCUUUUAAAAUACUCAUUUAAAUGGAUUUUUCUCAGUAACAUGUGUCUGGAAAAUGUGCAAUUGAAUUUAUAUUCUAAGUCCAGUCGUUUAAAGAACAAAUUGCUAAAUCAAACAUCUGUUCGUAUUAAUCCGUAGACUAUCAAAUGCAAUAAAUAUUUUAAUUACUUUUACAAUAUUCCAAUUGGUUGAAUAAUCCCGUCUGAAACUUUAAUUCUCGAAUAAUCUUUUCAUAAACCUAUCGAUUUUGAAUUUAUUAAUAGUUUUAUCGAUACAAAACCAAUUUUAAAUUGUUCUAUUGGUAUAGAAACUCAAUUUUUUAUACUAUUCAGUUAAUCCUUUAAUGGAUUUUGAGAAUUUUAUAACGUGAAAACAUUGUAACACAAAUACAUUAUGUAGGCUGUAAAAGGAACGCUACCUAACGCCGCAAACAAAGAAUGGGAAAAAACGACGAAAUUUCCAGAAAAAUAAAAAAAUCUGUGUUUAUUUUAUACAAUAAUAGUAAAGUUGUAAUCAUGCAACAUCUGCUUAAAGGUAAGCGUCCAAAGGCCCGCAUCGCACGCAUUCCGUAUGACGUCAUCAGUACGCAUCGCAUGUAGGCAUUGCUGAUGAUGCGAUGCGGAUCAGUGGACGCAGUUCUAUGAGUUUCUAUACAAGACACUUAAAUUCGUUGCGUGCGAUGCGUACGAUGCUUGCCUGUGGACACGUACCUUUAGGCCCUUUAGGCUGAUUUUGCAUGAAUAACACAAAAACAAUAUCAAUUAAAAUUAUAAAAACAAAAAAAAGGGUUUUUCGGGAGCGUUCCAUUUACACCCUGUAUGUAUCUUUGUUUUUUUUUUCUAAUGUAACGGGAGCAUAAUAUAGCUAUCUCACUUACACACACUUUUAUAAUAUGCGAUUAUACUUACAUAACAAUAUCAUGCAUCUCAUUCUUUUUCAAAUUUAAAAUGGUUUAAGCAAUUUAGUCUCUAAUUCUAAUAGCUUUAAAGUUCUUUUUAAGUAAUUUUCUCGAUUGAUGCCCUCAUAAGGCUGCAGGGUGGUCCAGAUGGCCUUAAGUAUUAUGACGGACGCGACAUUUGGUCCGUCAGUGUUGUACAUAGUAUAUGUUGGUAUAAUCAAACUAGGGGAUACAGUGUGUAAGGUAAAAUAAGACUUUGUACAUAGUUUUUAAGGUUUAGUUUUCUAUGCUAGCUAUUUACUGUAUAUUUUUUGUAAUAAAGUUUUUUUU